CUGCGACGUCGCCAUUUUUCUUGUUAUGGUGGACUGUCAGCAGAGUCUUCGCAGUUCUGGAACAAUCUUUAGUUAAAUUCGUAUAUUGAACGCCUUUACUCGCUGUUUCUUUGUUAUUAUUCAUUCCGAGGGAGCUUCGAAGAUAAAGAUACCGACAUGGCGCAGUACAAAGGAGCUGCCAGCGAGGCGGGCAGAGCCAUGCAGCUAAUGAAAAAACGAGAGAAAGAGAGGGAGCAACUUGAACAGCUCAAACAGAAGAUAGCAGAGGACAACAUGGUCAAAUCCAACAUUGACAAGAAAUUCUCUGCUCACUAUGAUGCUGUGGAAGCAGAGCUAAAGUCCAGUACUGUCGGCCUGGUGACCUUGAAUGACAUGAAGGCCAAGCAGGAGGCGCUGGUGAAGGAGAGAGAGAAGCAGCUGGCCAAGAAGGAGCAGUCCAAGGAACUGCAGCUCAAGCUGGAAAAACAGAAAGAGAAAAAGAGGAAGGAGGAACAAAAGAGAAAAAUUGCCAGUUUAUCUUUUAAUCCUGAUGAAGAAGAGGAGGAAGAUGAAGAUGAUGAUUAUGACGACGACGAUGACGACGAUGACAAAAAUUACGAGGAAGAUCAGGAUUGUGUUCCAGUCAAGAAGAAGAAAUUGGGCAAAAAUCCAGAUGUGGAUACAAGUUUCCUUCCUGAUCGAGACAGAGAGGAGGAGGAAAACCGCCUCAGAGAGGAGCUGAGACAGGAGUGGGAGCUGAAGCAGGAGAAGAUCAAGAAUGAAGAAAUUGAAAUUACCUUCAGCUACUGGGACGGCUCAGGCCACCGGAAAACUGUCAAGAUGAAGAAGGGUAACACCAUGCAGAACUUCCUGCAGAAGGCCCUGGAGGUCCUCAGGAAGGACUUCAGUGAGCUCAGGUCUGCUGGGGUGGAGCAACUGAUGUACAUCAAGGAAGAUCUCAUAAUCCCACAUCACCACAGUUUUUAUGACUUCAUUGUGACCAAAGCCAGAGGAAAGUCUGGCCCUUUGUUCAGCUUUGACGUCCACGAUGAUAUUCGACUGGUGAACGAUGCCACUGUGGAAAAAGAUGAGUCCCAUGCAGGAAAAGUGGUGCUAAGGAGCUGGUAUGAGAAGAACAAGCAUAUCUUUCCUGCAAGUCGCUGGGAGCCAUACGACCCCGAGAAGAAAUGGGACAAAUACACGAUCCGGUGAUCACCAACAUCUACCUCCAGACUCUUGCUGAAAAUUUUCUGUUGAAAAAACUCCCCUUAUUUUACUGUUUUUCUCCAUCAACCCCUGUUCAGUAGCUGAUAGUUACGUAUUUAACCUUAGUUUUUGUAAAUCUGUUUUUUUUCUGCUGCCUGUAAAUAACCACAUCCUGUAAAUGGUUAACAAAUAAAAACCAACAUGAUGGAACAUCAGUGCUGAAUAAAAAGGAUAUUAACCCUGA